AUCCGGGUCGUUGAGGCCGCCUGCGGCGGCGCCGGCAUCCGUGUUUGCUGGUGACCAGUCUAUGGAGGCAGUUGGUGCUGGCGGCGGCGCGGAGGCAGGAGGCGGUGUCCGAGUGGGGGCCUCUGCCCCGCCAGGAUGUUACCGGGCUUGGCCGCCGCCGCUGCGGCCUACAGAUGUAGCUGGUCCUCCUUGUGCCGGCUUCAUCUGCGCUGCACGGCAGCGGCCCGCGGCUCCAGCGAACGCCAGGAAUGGCAGAAUUUAGUGACAGCUGGAAGUUUUGCAUACAUGGUCCCCUAUAGUCACCCACAUAUUUGUGCACUGAGUCUGAGUCAAGUAAAGUUGUACUCUACAAAUAUUCAGAAAGAAGGACAGGGAUCCCAAACUCUCAGAGUGGAAAAAGUACCAUCAUUUGAUGAAACAGCAGAAAAUAUUGGUGCAGAACUGAAAGCCCCACUUAAGCAAGAACCUCUUCAAGUAAGAGUCAAAGCAGUCCUUAAGAAAAGGGAAUAUGGAUCAAAAUACACUCAGAAUAAUUUCAUCACUGGAGUCAGAGCAAUGAAUGAGUUCUGCCUUAAACCCAGUGAUCUAGAACAGCUCCGGAAAAUCAGACGACGAAGUCCCCAUGAAGAUACUGAAUCCUUUACUGUAUACUUGAGAUCAGAUGUGGAGGCAAAAUCUUUGGAAGUUUGGGGAAGCCCUGAAGCUCUUGCCAGAGAGAAGAAACUGCGUAAGGAAGCAGAAAUUGAAUAUAGAGAAAGGCUGUUUAGAAACCAAAAGAUAUUAAGAGAAUAUAGAGAUUUCUUAGGAAACACCAAGCCACGCUCCAGAACAGCAUCAGUGUUCUUUAAGGGACCAGGAAAAGUGGUGAUGGUUGCCAUUUGCAUCAAUGGUUUAAACUGCUUCUUUAAAUUUCUUGCCUGGAUUUAUACGGGUUCAGCAAGUAUGUUCUCAGAAGCUAUACACUCAUUAUCUGAUACUUGUAACCAGGGUUUACUAGCAUUGGGCAUCAGUAAGUCUGUUCAAACACCAGAUCCUACUCAUCCGUAUGGAUUUUCAAAUAUGCGCUAUAUUUCUUCACUAAUUAGUGGUGUUGGUAUUUUCAUGAUGGGUGCAGGACUCUCUUGGUACCAUGGAGUUAUGGGAUUGCUUCAUCCUCAACCAAUGGAAUCCCUUCUAUGGGCAUAUUGUAUUUUAGCAGGAUCAUUGGUGUCUGAAGGAGCAACACUUCUUGUUGCUGUAAAUGAACUUCGAAGGAGUGCUCAGGCCAAAGGAAUGUCAUUUUAUAAGUAUGUAAUGGAAAGUCGUGAUCCUAGUACAAAUGUUAUAUUGUUGGAGGAUACUGCCGCAGUGUUGGGAGUGACAAUAGCAGCCACUUGCAUGGGCCUUACUUCUAUAACAGGCAAUCCAUUGUAUGACAGCCUAGGUUCUUUGGGUGUGGGCACCUUAUUAGGUGUGGUCUCAGCAUUUCUCAUCUACACGAACACAGAAGCGCUCUUGGGACGAUCCAUCCAACCAGAGCAAGUUCAGCGACUUACUGAACUCCUGGAGAAUGACCCAUCAGUAAGGGCAAUUCAUGAUGUUAAAGCCACAGAUCUGGGAUUAGGUAAAGUGAGGUUUAAGGCAGAAGUAGAUUUUGAUGGACGAGUUGUUACAAGAUCAUAUUUGGAAAAACAAGAUUUUGACCAAAUGCUACAAGAAAUUCAAGAAGUGAAAACUCCUGAAGAGCUAGAGACCUUUAUGCUUAAACAUGGAGAAAAUAUUAUUGAUACAUUAGGAGCUGAAGUAGAUAGACUUGAGAAGGAAUUGAAAAAACGAAAUCCUGAAGUUCGGCACGUAGAUUUGGAGAUACUUUAACCUUGAUGGAGUCUUGGAAAACAGGCUUGUCAAGCCACUCUACAAAGCCCGUUUUCCUGCUUCUUCCCAUACUAAUGGAGUCAGCGCCAUUCAGAAGCCAUUUCCUUUUUCAAGACAGAGGAGAUAUUUUAUGUAAACAGCAAUUGAACAGGCCACAAAACUAAAACUACUUUCUUCUAAUCAUGUUUUUGUGCUUCAGUAGGGAACAUUUUGUUUACUUCAGUUGUUUAUAAUUUCUUUUUAGCCUGUCAGUGUGUUAUACCUUGCAAUCAUGUUUCUUUUCUUCACAUUGGUAAAAAAUAAGUGGCAUCCAUAGGAUUACAACUUUUAAUUUUAUUCCUACUGAAGAUUUUACUCCAUCAAAAUCUGCCAAUCUUGAAUAUUCUGGCUAAAUCGUGGUUUGGGAUUUAUAAACAGUCACUAUGUUUCAAAAUCUGUCUUUCCUAAUACAAUGUAGAAAUUAUUUAUUUCUAUGCACCUUGUGAUUUUGAUCCAAGCACUGAGAAGAGAUUUGCUCUCCUAACCUAAAUUCUUUAUCCAGAUGUUCAUUCCAGAAAUGGCUUAGUUAUUACUGAAUUAAGUAAAGACAUUUCAGUACUCUUUUUUAUAUCAUAGAAGUUGCCAUUUUGUAAAAUUUCUCAUUUCUCUUUUAACUUUUUUUCCUUAUUUGGUUUAAUUUUUCUAAGGUUAAGAGAUAUAAAAUAAUCCUAAACAUUUCCAUGGGCCAGUAUAAUGGUUGUUGCUUUUCUUUUCUCUCUCUUUCUUCUUUUUUUUUUUUUUUUUUUUUUUUUUUUUGGCAGGGGUGGGUGGUGGUAAACUGGCUUCAGUGCUAUAAUGUUUAUCUUUUGGGAGAUAAUGCAUUUGUAAGCAUUUUAAUAUUCUGCAAAAUGAACUAGAAAUAUUUAUAAUUUUACAGACAGGGCAGCAUUUCAUUUUUAAUUUAUUUAAAUGGAGGCACUACUUAUGUAAAUUUGAACUGUGGGAUAUUUCUUGCUUGAGAGAGAAGUAAAUCUCUUACACUGAAACUUGUGUCAUGAUUUUGUAUCAUAGAGUAGUCAUCAGUGUGUCUGAGUUUCUUGCAGUUACAAAUGGGCAUUCAGCAUAAUAUACUGGCUAUAACAUAUAUUGUAAGUAAAUAGUUUUCUAAUGACCAUAAGGUACCAAGGUGAAAAAAGCAUGUAAUUCGGUAAUUAAAAAUUUUAGUGAAUAAAUAUAGCCGUCUCCAUCAGAACAACUCGUAUGCACUUCAAAAUGUCCAGGUAGCAGUGAGCAUUUCUCAUGCCAGAGUGGUGGCUGCUGGUCUUUGCUGGGUGAGACAUGCAGACUGAACUACCUGUGUGAGGCUGGUCUUACAACUGACUGAGAUGAAGUUUAUAAAUUAUAACAAAUUGUAAUGCUGGAAACAAAAAAUAAAUCUUUGAUUAAAGGGUU